GAGAGAGGGGGAGAGAGAGAGAAGGAAGAGGAGAGGGGAUCCAAAUAAGACGAGAGCAGGAAAGGAAAGGAAACAAGAGUGCAGCGACGAGGGGGGAAAAAAGGCUGAUUCAGGAAGAGAAAAGUCGGAUGCAACAUCUAGAGCAGGACGCACAGCGAGUUGGAGCAGAUUUACGCACAGCCCUGCAACUCCACACACCAACUGUCCUGCUUCCUGCUCCAGGCAAAGUCAGAGAGUGUGGUUUAAAAUUCACAGAAACGUGGGAGGAAUGGUCAGUCUGGUCAAAUAACACCGGUGGUCUCAGUCAAACCCUGCACAUCUGCGGGAAAACUCCUUUGGUGCCGUGCAUUAGUCGAUCACCCAUUUGCGUACAGAACUAUCGCAUCAUGUUUUGACAAGUAGCGAGGUGGAGGUUGCGCAAGUAAUAGGUUAGACGUUUGUUUUGUACUUUUUUUUUUAAUUUGGGAAAAACAAGUGAUGGCACCAAAGCUGAAACCGUUUGUCCGACUGCUGCUGCUGGCGCUGGUGUGGGAGCUGAGCGCACUGGGAGCCACAGAGAGACAGAUCAAUCCUGAGUCAUGGCUGCAGCAGUACGGAUACUUACCCCCAGGUGACCUCAGGACUCAUGCCCUCCGUUCUCCUCAAUCCAUCACUUCAGCCGUCGCUGCCAUGCAGAGGUUCUACGGCCUCACCAUCACCGGCACCUUCGAUGACAACACUGUGGAGGCCAUGAAGAGACCGCGCUGCGGGGUACCUGAUAAGUUUGGUGCCGAGUUGAAGACCAACCUGAGGAGGAAGCGGUACGCCAUCCAGGGUCUGAAGUGGAACAAGAAAGAAAUUACUUUCUCCAUACAGAACUACACCCCCAAGGUGGGCGAGUACGAAACCCACAAUGCCAUCAGGAAGGCCUUCAAGGUGUGGGAGAGCGUCACCCCGCUACGUUUCCAGGAAAUUCCCUACAGCUACAUACGGGACAAAGUGGAGGAGUUUGCCGACAUCAUGAUCUACUUCGCGGAGGGAUUCCAUGGUGACAGCAGCCCCUUCGAUGGGGAGGGGGGAUUCCUGGCUCACGCCUAUUUCCCUGGUAAUGGAAUUGGAGGAGACACACACUUUGACGCAGCUGAGCCAUGGACAGUUGGAAACCAGGAUUUGACAGGCAACGAUAUAUUCCUCGUUGCCGUGCAUGAGCUGGGCCAUGCUCUGGGUUUGGAACACUCCAACGACCCCUCAGCCAUCAUGGCUCCUUUCUACCAGUGGAUGGACACCGAAAACUUCCAACUGCCCGACGACGAUCGCAGAGGCAUACAGCAACUCUAUGGCUCUGGAUCGGGCCCCCAGCCUCCUCCUGUGACCCCACACACGCCUUACCACACCCCGCAGCCCACAUACUCACCGGAAAAGCCACGCUUUGGCCCCAACAUCUGUGACGGGCACUUUGAUACAAUUGCAAUUCUCAGAGGAGAAAUGUUUGUAUUUAAGGAUAAGUGGUUCUGGAGAGUGCGUAACAACCAUGUGCUGGAUGGAUACCCCAUGCCGAUUGGCCACUUCUGGAGGGGACUGCCCACCCAUGUUAACGCUGCUUUUGAAAGGGAAGAUGGAAAAUUUGCUUUCUUUAAAGGAGACAAGUACUGGGUAUUUACUGAAUCUAAUCUGGAGUCUGGCUAUCCCAGGACUCUGAAGGAAAUGGGUACAGGUCUCCCCAGAGAUCGGAUAGAUGCAGCCUUGUACUACACUCCUACUGGACAGACCUUCUUCUUCAGAGGCAACGACUACUACCGCUUUAAUGAAGAGUCCCAAAGUGUGGAUGAGGGCUAUCCAAGAUCAACCAAUGUGUGGCAGGGAGUUCCUGACAACAUCAAGGCAGCUUUCAUGAGCAAGGACCAAGCCUACACUUACUUCUAUAAGUCCAACAAGUACUGGAAGUUCAACAACCAGAUGAUGCGCGUGGAGCCUGGAUACCCCAAAUCUGCCCUGCGAGACUGGCUGGGAUGCCCCAAUGAAGACCCCAAGACGGACGGAGGAAGAGGUGGCGGCGGACACGACAAGGACAAGGAGAGGGAGAAGGAGAAGGAGAAGGAACGGGAGGACAAGGACAGAAAUAGAGACAGAGAGAGGGAGAAGGAGACAGAGAAGACAGAGAGGACAGAGAAGACAGAGGAGGAGACAGAGGUGAUCAUUAUUGAAGUAGAUGAGGAAGGAGGGGUGAGCGGAGGAGUCGGGGCAGCGGCCGUAGUGGUGCCCCUCUUCCUGUUAGUGUGUGUGAUCGCAACGCUGGCAGCCUUGCUGUUUUUCCGUCGGUAUGGUACCCCACGCCGACUCCUGUACUGUCAACGGUCUCUACUGGACAAGGUGUAGGAGGGGAAGGAGGGAAAGGGGAGAGAGGGAGAGGGGAGUGAAAAAACGAGGAGCGAGGGAGAAAAAGUGGAAGGAAAUGUUUUAACAGAGCAGGAGAGAAAGAGGUCGAACAAGCGGAGGAGCAGAAGGAAAAGCACUAGAGUUGCCUUUAAGAAUAUUUUUUACCACUGCCAGAUUCCUUUUUGCUCUGUCAUUUCUCUCUCAACCACUCCAUCCUUCCAUUUUUUACAUUUCUUUUCUCUCCCUUCUCUCUCUCUGCUAACUGACGCCAGCUCUUUGCUGUUUGUUUUGGCCUUUUUUUCCCCAAUGUCUUACUUUUAGUUUUUGUGUCACUGCUCACCCUUCGUCUGUCUCCGUUUGUGAAACUCCUGCUUUUGAACCUGCAACCUCAUGGCGCCCAUUCUAGCAUGUUUUUUUAUUUUGUGUUAGCAAACAGCGUGUUUGAUUUGUUUGUCGUCCAACCUCUUAAACUUGCACACAAUUACAUAAUAAGACACACACACACACACACACAGAGGCUGCUGGGAACCACAGUUUCUUCGUCAUUGUGUUUGUUAAUUUUCCAGUAAAGUAGCGUGUCAGAGCCAGUAUGGACCAUAAAAGGAGAGCAAACCUGUAGAGUUCCACUCAUAGACUCAGGACAGGAAAUGGACGUGGCUGUUUGUGUCUAAAAGUGGUCAACUACAGCAGAAGUGCUCAGCUGGCCACACUGAAAUGAUGGAGAUUUUGUUCACUACUCCUCUUUAGAGUAAACUAAACAACAAUGUAUGACAAUCUAUGAAGCAUGCUUAAGUUAAAACGUGUAAGAAUUUAUGUCGUAAUAGAGUUGAAAACCUGACUAUUUACGGGGGUGUACACAACUCCCUUUAAUUCCAAGAACAUUCAGACCUUCAGACAUGCUUUAUCUUAUUUUUGUGAUAAAAGGGAUUGUACUUUUUGAAAUUCAAUAGUUUUUUUACUAUACAAGAGUUCUUCUCUGAUCAGGUGAAUGUGUUAAUUGAUUUUAUAAACUAAAUGACAAGUAGCUUCUCCAUCUAGUCUGUACAGGGUCACUUACUGACAGCCACAUCCAUUUCCCAUGUCUGGUCUAUGGACAUGAGUUACAUUCACAUCAGAGAAAAGCAACAAACACAUCUGUCCUGUCUUUUUCUAUACCAACAUGGAGUGCUGAUUAUUAGUACAAAUGAUGUUGUCAUUAUUAUUAUGACUAUUACUAUUAUUGUUGUUGUCUUCCAUGUGAAGAAUGUGUUUUUGUACAUUGUCAUUAAAAAGUCCUGCUGGACAGUGACAUACAGUUUUUAAGAGUGGCCUUAAUUUUAUAUAUGUGAGGGACAGUGAAUGGGGGAGGGGUAUCUGUAUUCUUGAAACUUGAUUGUUAUUUUUUCUUUUUUAAAAAAAAAAUCUAACAAAAAACCUUGAAUUCAUCUCAAAUGAAAUAAAUUGACGAUCUAAAAAUGACUCCUUUUUGUCAUUGUUCUUGUUUACACUUUCUUUUUUGUUUUUUCUGAACAUGGUGCUACGGUACUGAUCAGGGUUUUACCUACUUUAACAACAAUGAUAAUGAUACUAGUGGUGAUGAUGAUAAUAUUGAUAACGACCUAGUUUUUUCAAUGAGUCUGUGUGUGCUCUCACUUUUAGUUUUAAGCUUUUCGUACAAAAAUAAAAUAAUUUCAAAAGUC